AUGGAGAUUAAGUUUGACUUUGAUAGCUGGAUAAGAAACACACUCGGCCUAGUAGAGAUAGACAGAACCAAAAGACAGGACAAUGCCAUAGUCUGCAAGCACUGGCUGAGAGGGCUCUGCAAGAAAGGCGACGUGUGCGAGUUUCUUCACGUAUAUGCACUGGACAAAAUGCCGGAGUGCUGGUUUUUCUCAAAGUAUGGAGAGUGCAGCAACCAAGACUGCCUCUUCCUGCACAUUGACCCAAACAGCAAGAGUAAAGAAUGCAUCUGGUACAACAGAGGAUUCUGUCGGCACGGAAAUAGUUGCCGUAAUAAGCACUAUAAAAAGCGAAUGUGCUUCAAUUACGAAGCAGGCUUCUGUCCCCUUGGGAAAGGCUGUCCAUACGGCCAUCCAAAGUUUGAAAUAAUCACAGCCGAGUACCAGAGAGCAGAGCAGCAGAAUUCUGUGAUAUCCAAGCCAACCACCCUUCUUACUAAUUAAUAAAUUCAACGGCAGG